AUGCACAAUUUCGAGCCGACUCUUGCCCGCGUGGGCAUUUCAAUUCGAGACUUGAAAGCAACGAGACCUACAGAUACCCAAGCCUUCCUCGAGCGACAUUCCAUUCAGUAUACAACCUCAAGCACCCCCGCCACAACUUCAGACGCUGCAUCCCAUCAUCCCGCAUGGGUCUCAUCUCCGCUGAAUAUCGCGUAUCUCGAUACUGCAAUCCAAAGGCUUGCACUGAAACCAAGCAAUGGCGCUCCCAGCACCAUCAACGACACCCUCAGGCCCCCAAACGAUGUUCGGCCCUCGGAGGGUGCACCAUCGUUCAGCGCGACAGAAUGGGCAGAGGCUUUCCGGGACACCGUUAGAUGUCUCUCGCGGGAGCUACCUCGCGGUCGUGAAGGUCCCGAUGUGCUGCCGUCCCAAGCAUUCGCCCGGCCCCGAUUCCCAGAUACAGACAGCCCAUGGGAGAACUUUCUGGUCAUCGGCGCCGACGAGUCGCCCGCGUGGGAGAUGAUAGCUGUUCUCGAGACUGACCAUCAUCACGUUGGCUGUCUUGUGGCCGACCAAACACCGCCAGAUGAGCACUCACGAGACAAGGUCCUGCGCAGCGAGCUCUUCAGCAUGCUUGUCCUCCUUCACUGGCGACUCAACCUGCUCAGGAAGCCUAACUGUGGCGGCCAUGAUCCCUCGGUUACGGUAACGACGUUUACGAGAGCCCGCGUUCGCAUCAGUCAAGCCUACAUCGACUGGUCCAAUACUGACAAACCCAUUCUUCGAGUCGUCAACCGCUUGGACAAGUCUCUCAGGGAUUUGACUGGCGAAAGUGCCGCAGCCAGAACAUGCUGGCUUGAUGUCCUGUCAUGGCUCUGCUUCACUCCGACCGAAAGCGACAACAUACGGGUAGAAAAGCAACGGAAAUCUGGUCACCGCUGGCAGCUCGAACAGCACGCGAAGGAUCGGGUGGUCUCCAGGUCGAGCGAUUCUUCUGGCACAAGCGACACGGGCAGCAGCGGUAGCAGCAAGCCCCAACAUGACGAGGCCGCAUCCCCAGCAUCAUCAGCCCCAGGCUCGCCUCGCCUUAACACGAAAGAAAAUCAAGACUGA